AUGCAGAGGCACAAGCUUACUUACCUCCAAGUAGUAAACUCCUCUCUCAUUCAACAUGUUCAAGUUGGUCGUUCUCGCCGCCGUCCUGGCCGUCGCCGCCGCCGUUCCCGGAGGCCACACCGGAGUCCCAGUCAGCUGGGGCCACGGACCCAUCGUUGCUCCCCAGGUGAUCAGCCACGCCGUCCCUGUCCUGAGGGCCCACGUUGUCGCCCAGCCGAUCGCCCCGGUGGUCCACUCUCCCCCUGUCGUCACCAGGACCGUCCUCGCCGGUCAUGGUCACGCAUACGCCCCCGUCCCCGUCUGGGGUCACCACUAGGCGUUUAAUCGAGUGACGCAAUCAGGCCCCCUGCCCACCGCAAUCCACCGCCACCUGCAGCAGCCCUCGACUUCCUUUGACCCCUUGACACCGGCGAGUAAUCGUCGAUUGCCGCGAGGUCGAAGGGAGAAAAAAUGUAAAAAAAAAACUGAAAAACACUUUAUUUCCUGCUCCCCCCAAACCUGAUUCGGAACAUGUUGAAACACAAUUUUGUAGAGUGAUAGCCUGAGGAGAAUCGUGCAGGGUCCUCGGAUUCUGUACUCUGAAAGCUUUUUGCACUAUUAGUUGUGUUGUGAAAUUUAUCAUUUAAUCACCAUGAUCAUCUCCACUAUAAUAGGCUUU